AUGACUGUUUUUACGACAGGCAAGACGUCUUUAGUCAUUGUCCAUCACCAAGGCGUCUUUCCAGAGCAUUUUGUCCCGACGAGGUUCGAAAGCUAUAUCGCUGACAUCGAAGUCGACGGCAGGCGCCUCGAACUCGAUAUCUGGGACACAGCAGGCUCAGAGGACUAUGACCAUCUACGACCACUAUCUUACCCGUAUUCGCACGUAGUCCUCAUCUGCUUCUCCAUCGGCUCACCCGACUCACUUGACAACGUCGAAGAGAAAUGGGUCCCUGAGGUCCUUCAUUUCUGCUCCGAACCCAAGGUUCCUUAUUUGAUCAUUGGAUGUAAAAAGGACUUGCGUGGUGAUUCUCGGACGCUGGAAACGUUGCAGCGCUAUAAGCUUGAACCAGUUACACCUGAACAGGGGCAGACGGUCGCGGAUAGGGUGGGCGCGACGAUGUACUUGGAGUGUUCCGCCAAGACGGGCGAGGGAGUGACGGAAGUGUUUGAGCAUGCGCUGCGAGCGGCGCUCUUGAAGCCUAGCAAGAAAAAGCGCGGGGGGUGCUUUAGUUUGUAG